GUGUUUCAUAGGUAUUCACACUAAAUUAUUUUCAAUUUAUUUAGAAAUAAAUACCUAAGAUGCCUAAAUUGAAUCUCAAAUUCUUCUUCAUAAAAUUCCUAUUAAUUUCAAAUCUCAGUUUUAGGAUAGUUGGAAAAUUGAUUUUUCAAGACAAUUUCGAUACAUUAGAUGCAAAUGUAUGGCUCCACGAAUCACUCAAUGAAGCGCACUUGGAUGAGUUUCAACUUUACACCGAUACUAAGGAAAACAGUUACUCUGAACAUGGUAUUUUGCAUAUAAAACCAACACUUGUGGUAAAUGAAGAAAGCGACAAAUUCCAUCCGAUUCGAAGUGCCAGGCUUAGCACAAAAAACUCAUUUUCAUUUACUUAUGGUAUAAUUGAAUUUAGAGCAAGGAUUCCUUCAGGGGAUUGGCUAUUUCCAGCUCUAUGGCUGAUGCCAACAAAUUCUCAAUACGGACCCUGGCCAACUUCUGGCGAAAUUGAUGUAAUGGAGUCCAGAGGCAAUAGAAAUUUAACCGAUACACAAGGGAAUUUUGUGGGUGUCCAGCAAGUUAGUAGUACAUUGCAUUGGGGCCCAAGAACCGAUUUAGAUGGAUGGAAACUUUCACAUUUUUCCAACAAUGAUAAUAGUUGCUUCAGUAAUGCCUUUCAUACUUACAAAACCAUUUGGACUCCUGAAAGUAUCAGUUUUCACGUUGACGAAGAACAAAUUGGUAUUACGGUACCACCUGAAGGAGGUUAUUGGGAAAUGGGGGAUUUUAAUAAAGAUGAUUUACCUAAUCCUUGGUCUAAUGGUACGAAAUCAGCACCGUUCGAUCAAAGUUUUUAUUUAAUAAUAAAUCUGGCGGUUGGUGGUACUCACUUUUUUUCGGAUGCAGACAACAACGAAGGAGGAAAACCUUGGAAAAAUACUUCUCCUAAUGCGGGCCUAGAUUUUUGGAAAGGAAGAGAUCAAUGGCUGGGCACUUGGAAUCUUGCCACCGACGAUUCGCAUUUUUUAAUUGAUUAUGUUCGAGUUUGGGAUUUGGAAUAGAAAUAGUUGAAUAUGAACAAUGUAUGUAUAAAUCACUAGUGAAUUAUAUCCAAGAGAGUUUUUUCUCGAA